CUGUAUAUGUGUGUGCACCGCCUCUCCCUGCACUCUCCCUCUCUCUUUCUCUUUCUCUCUCUCUCUCUCAAACACACACACAGCAACUCACACACACUGAAGCAGGCGUGCGCACUCACAGACCGAGGGGGAGAGAGGGAGUGUAAGGGGAGAGAACACAUCGCAGCAGAGAUGCAGCAGGAGGUUUUCCGAGAUUUCGGGGACUGGUCAUGGUGUCCAGUGCGAAGGUAUGGGACCCCCCCCAUGCGGGUCUUACUCAGCCACAUCUGAGAGAACAACGUCUGGCUCCGGGCCUCGCUCCCCUCUGCAGCCCCUCAUACACUGCUGCCAAGGACACUGCACUCCACCAAAGUCGGCAAUUGUCACCUUUGUCUUCCCCACCUCCACCGUUGGUGACCCUCAGUACCCGUCACCCAGUUCAACAUUCACCUGUCAGUUUGUACAGUGUGAGCAAGACUGAACCACUAAUUAAACCUGCCCACAGUCUUGGUGUGGUCUCUCAGUGUGUGGAAGAGGAGGAAGAGGAAGCCGAGCAGCUGAACAUGAAGGGGAAACGACUCGGAUAUCGCGUAGAGGCCACACUGGACGACAAGCUGGAGGACAUGGGUGAUGGACCUAAAAAUGCAAAAAUCACCCUAAGCUUCCCGCUUAGUGCCGCGCCACUCCCAACAUCGCUGACCUCACCGGACCACUGUCACAGCUCUUCCUCAUCCUCGCCUUCCCCUCACCGGCGGCGUCUGUCCUCCAAGAGCUCAGACAAGGGGUCGCUGUGGAAGCUGGACGCCACCAUGGAUGUAAAGCACAGACCCUUUAAGCCCCCAAGACAUGACAGCUCUCCGUCCUCCUCGCCUUCCUCCUCCUCCUCUCCCAUGACUUCAUUUAUCAGGAAGGAUCUGAAAUCCCCUCCGCCUCUUAAGUGCUCCAAACUCAGUUCAGACUCUCAAAUUCACAGGUCACCCCCAAGAGCUUCCAGUGGAUCUUUAGGAGGCUGUUUUAGUGGAGAUGGGUGGGAUGAAAGGCACAGAGUGGCCAAUGGAACGGCCUCGCCCUCUCAGACGGCUCAGAUCCUCUUCAGUCUGGGCACGUCAGCCUAUCAGAGAAGUGUAGACGCAGAGAGGAGAGAGAAACUGACAGGGAGGCCAGUCGGAAAAACAGGGAGUCCCCACAGACCGAGUCUUCAUCCACCAACCAUCCACCUCCCUCCACCCUUACCUCCACCGCCUCCCCCACCUUCCGAAGGUCUUACCGCACCCCCCCACUCGUCCUCCUACCCCCCUCCUGACAGCAUGAAGCCAGAGUUGAUUUGUGGCGUGUGCCAUCGGCUGUUCAGCUCAGCCUCCUCCCUCACGGUCCACAUGCGGCUGCAUCGUGGCAGCCGCGCCCUAAGCUGCCGCUACUGUGGCAAAGUCUUCAUCCACAGCAAGAGACUGCAAUCCCACGAGGCCUCCUGCAGGGUGCAAGGCCUGCGUCCUCCAUCCCUGACCGUACAGCCAAAGGAGGAGCCACUGGAGGAUGGUGAGGUGAGAGUGGAAGGGGGAGUGAUUGUGGGACAGACAGACAUCAGCAAAGGACGGCCGGGGAAGAAAGUGCGGGGCCUCCUGGCACGUAUCCAAGCUGGUGAUGCAGCAGCCACAGAGCUGCUGGCAGGUGAUGAGAACCAUUUUGUGAAGGUGGUGGAUGGCAACGUCAUCUACUUCUGUUCUGUGUGCGAACGUUCCUACAUGACCCUAUCCAGCCUGAAGCGUCAUUCUAACGUUCACUCAUGGCGGCGUAAAUAUCCCUGCCAUUACUGCGACAAGGUCUUUGCCCUGGCUGAGUACCGCACAAAGCACGAGGUGUGGCACACGGGAGAGCGCCGCUACCAGUGUAUCUUCUGCUGGGACGCCUUCGCCACCUACUACAAUCUCAAGACGCACCAGAAGACAAUUCACGGGAUUAAUCCGAGCCUGAUCUCCAGUGAAAAGACAGCUAAUGGGGGUUAUAAACAGAAAGCAAAUGCCCUCAAGCUCUACCGCCUUCUCCCCAUGCGCUCCCAGAAGAGACCCUACAAGACCUAUAGUGACAGCUUACAUAAUGGCCUUCUACUUCCACCAGCUGAUGCCCCCUCCCUCUCCAUGACUGGCCUUGGCUGUGCUUUGGGCCCCGGGGACCUGCAGAGCAUCAUUGCAGGAGCCCCCCCUCAGAGUCUAAAGCCUGAUCCAGAUGCUUUCCCUGAUGGCUUCCCAAUCUCUCUUGCUGCUGAGCACAGAGACCUAUCUGAGCUUGCGCUUGAGCCCCAAAUUAGAACAGAUGAAGGUGAGGCCCUAGAGUUAGAGCAGGAGAGAGGCAGUUUCAAAAUAGCCAGUAGCAGUAAACUCAAAACCUUUAAAGCAGGUAGAGGCACAGAAGCAGGAAUGCCCUCUGUUAUAACAUAUGGACAUAGUAAACCCUCUGUUAUAGUUCAUGGAGCAGCUGUGUCAUCCUCAGUUAUUGUUCAUAGCAAUCAGGUUACUUCUGGAAGUGAGAAAAGCCCAGUAACGAGCCCAUCCCCCGAAACAAGUAGCAGCCAGAUAUUAAUAAAAGGCAGUCCUAAAGCAAUCAAAAAGCAAAGAGAUAACACAGAUAAUCACAGAAAGAGGUCCAGAGACAGUUCAGAUGCAACAGACGAGGGCUCAAAAGGCAGACACGACACUGAGAUAGGCAGAGCAUUUCACAAAUCCCGCAAGUCCCACAAUAAGAGUGCAAUCGCAGCCACAAAGGAGGUGUCAGCAUCUGGAGGCUCACAGGCCAAAGAAUCAGGGCCACUGUGUCAGAUAACUGUGCGCAUCGGCGAGGAGGCCAUAGUGAAGCGCAGCAUCUCUGAGACAGACCUUAAAAGAGACAAGAGCAUUUCUCCUCCGAAAAUCAAACGCAGUGAAACGUCAUCCUUUAAGGAGCCACGGCAAACCCACUCACACCACCAUCACCACAAACACCGCCCGCUAAGUAGAACCAGCCUGGAAGAAGAUGGGGAUAAGGAAGCAGGAGAAGAUGAGGAGGAAACGGAGGACCAAGAAAGCAGGAAUAAAAGGUCCAAGUCACCUGAUCAGGUGAGGGAGUACUUCUUUCGUAAGGGGGUGCGGGAACAGGACAGUGACAAUGACAUAGAGGAUAAUUUAUGGCGACCUUACUACUCCUACAAGCCUAAGAAAAAGGCUCAGGCACAUCUACAGAGAGUGAAGAACUGGCAACGGAAACUCAAGUACAAGCGCUCCAUCCGACUCAAGAGGAGGGCAGAGAGGCUGAAGAGGCUUCUGAAUAAACAAACGGAAAAAUCCCAAGAUGAGGAGGAGGACAGGACAACUGAGGAGGCUGAGAAACUGUCUAAACCUAACAAGGAUGUUAAAGAGGAAAGAAAGAAGGAUAAUCUCUCUUCCCCUUUAAAGGAGAAAAAACAGGUUGUAGAGGAACAGGUUAAAGAGCCCUGUCAUGAGGUUUCCACCCCCCCUGUGUGCUCUCCAAAGCCCCCUCUGUCUACCUCAGUGACUCCCACAGGAAUAAAGAGGAGGCCUUGGACUAAUGGGAAUGCAGCAGAGUGUGGCACAUGUGGCCGCUGGUUCUCAAGCCCCAGGAAGCGAGACAAACACGAGCUCAGCCAUCUGCUAGAGUUUGUAUGCCUCUUCUGUCGGGCCACUUUCCCCUCAAGGGAAAAGUUGGAAGACCACCAGAAAGCCCAGCAUCCUAAACCCACUGAGGCAUCCUCUGUGACCACUAAAUGUGGUGAACAAGCGGCAGGCAUUGGGAUCAAAUCCACGCCUGAAAUCUCAAAGUUCAAUGAAGAUAAAGGGGGACCGCUUGGACUAGGAGGCAGCAAUUCUAGUCCAAGUCGUCUAAGCAGAAGAGCCUUAUCGAGACACACCUGUCCGCAGUGCCAUAAGGUGUGCAAGACAUCAUCAGCGCUAACUCGCCAUAUCCGACGUCAUGACUUAAGUAGUUCUCCAGAAAGAGAAAAAGAAGAUAACAACUCAGAGGCAACACCCCCUGAAAGAGUUGCUGAACCUCUUUGCACAGAUCCAGAGAUUGAUAAAAGACAGACUCCCAGUGCUCUUUCAGUUUCAGUUAUCAGCUAUUCACCUCCAGAGCUACCAAGUGGCGGUGACUGUUUGGCAUCACAGCGGCACGAUGACCAUCCAAGUGACAUUACAAACAAACACCUGAAAUCAAACUCAAGUGAAGGACCUGAACUGACACAGCAUGCACUUACUGCUCCAGAGAAAGAGCCCAUACCACAAACUCCACCAGAAAGUCCAGUUAACCUCACACCCACCAAACCUGAGGUCCCACCUGUUGGACCCUCGUCACUCCAGAGCGUGCUUGUCAUGAACGGGCCUGACUGUCUUGACUAUCGCAUGCCAAUUAAGAAAAGCCUGGACAGUCAGAUCCACAGAAAAGCCAGCCCUUUGCACUUUGUGACUUCCAACAACACCUCUCCGAAUGUGCCCAUGACAUCACAGACCAGAAUAUCCACUGCUGCUCCUCCUGUUUCCAUGACAACAGCUCCCAACUCUGAAGGGGGAUUCGCAAGACGGGAUGGGGUCAUUACUGACAGAGAGAGGCAGAGUGGCACCAGUACAAUUUUACACACAGGUUACAAAGAACCGCCUCUGCUCCAAGAUCGCAGAGUCCAGCCCCUGUCCCGGAGUCCCUCCCCCGACCAAGCACAAGACCUGACCAUGUCCUCUAUUUUAGCUCGGGAGAGGGAGAUUGAAAGGCAAAGAGAGGCAGAGCUAGAGCUGGAGAGACAGAGGGAACGGAGGAGGAACAUGGAAAUUGACAAAGAGAAAAUCUGUAGGAUUGCUCAUUCUCCACAGGAGCAAACUGCUCUCAUUGUCCCUAAAGAAGAGCCAUUGAGCCCUGUAGCAUCACCCCAACAUAUGUCUACCCAAACCACUAUAAAUGGACCCUGUUUGCGCAGGCACACUCCUAAGUCCCCCUGCCGGCCCCCUUCAACUACUGGACUGAAGGCUCAGGCGAGCCGGCAGGUUCACUCAAGUUCACAAGGACUCGACAGGCUGACGCUGCCCACCGGAGCAGCUGGUGCCGCUGAACGCCCCUCUGCACACGCUCUGCUUCUUCCCAGAGCCUCCCAGCCGCCUGAGCCGGACCAUCAGGACACUUUCUCUUCCAGAGAUUCACAGCAGGGGGACACAACCCCAGCUGACUACCCCACCCAGGAUUAUCCCCUUCCCCUCAUUGUGCCAGACAGCUACAGAUCUGUUAAGAAGCAGGAGGAAAACCUGCUCAUGUCUACUUAUCCUCCUGGAGCACUGCCCUUUGGCCCACUGGGGAAGGUCAUCAUACCUGACGGGGGCGACCUCGGCAAGCUGCCGUUCUACCCGGACCCUUACCAGCUGCUUUACGGGCCGCAGCUAUUAGCCUACCCCUAUAACUUGGCUGCACUUCCUGUGGCUCUGAACAUGAUGGCGCCAGGAGGGGAUAAGGUGGAGCCUCUGCCGUUCCUCCCCACCAUCUUCAACUACGCAGCCACUGCUGGACCUUACAUGGGUGCAGCACCUCACCCGCUCGUGGCAAACCCUGGCCUCUACAGCAGCGGCGGCAGUGGCAAAAAGCAGCGAGAUGGCAGCGGCAGUAAACAGUAGGACACAGCUGCACUGUAAGGAGUAUAACUCAAACAGGACAACCUUGUCUGCUCUGGCUGGGAGGGGAAGAGGGACCAUGCUGACUGGCUCACUUUAUUCUGCAGAGAUCAGAGCUAGGCAUUACAGAAGUUUGUGUGAAAGGGCGGGGACGGAGUAGAGAAACAGGGUGGAGAGGCCGAUGUUAAAGUGACGUAUCACUUCUCCACCUUUUUUUUUUUUUUACUCCUGCUCCUCUCCCUCUCCUGUUCUCUUGUAGUGUGUUGUUGUUCUGGAGCUUGAUUCAUUUUCCUCUCCGACUUGUUAUUAUAUCUAUAAUAUAAAAAUACAAACUGCGAACAGGGUGUUUGUUGCUUGGAGAAUUAGUCCAGUCUACUUCCCUUUAUAGUUGCCACACAACGAGGAUCUUCAGGGAAGGCGUUGUAUGGGUCCGGACAGGGCAUGGAAUGACACAGUCGGAGCGUAUUUUUGUACGAGGGCGUGGGAAUGCAGGGUUAUCCUGCUGUCAUACUGUCCAUGAAAGCUGUAUUCAAGCACGUACAUGCAUAUAUACGUAGGGCAGUUUGUGCAUGCAGUGUUUGGCUGGAGCAGGUAUGAGUGUGCGUGUAUUUCUGAGUACUUGUGGAUGAGUGAAUCUAGACCAUUCCAUGUGAGAUUCUCGCAGCAUUCCCACUCUCGUUGGAAUAGCUACUGUAGGUCUGUGUGUAGAAGUGCUUUUAGAGGCGAUUCCUCAUAUCCAAAUCGUUAGGAAGUCAAAAUUAUGGUUGGAUGGGAGUGGAUGACAGUGUCAGAUCGUCUGAGCUUCUUAAAGAGAUAGUUUGGGAUUUUUUCAAACAGGGCUCUGUUAAAAUGUUAUGAGCACUUAAUAUCUCAUCUACAUUAGAUAUCUCUCGAGGUAACUGAAUCUUGUAAAAAUGAAGACUAUCUGAACCCAGAAGCUGAAGAUAACACAGUAAUUUGUAGAGGGGCCACGGCAGAAGAGAUUUUUCUGUCUUAUAAGAACUUCAGUUUAAAUAAUGACAGCAUUGCGCAUUAUGCAAAAUCUAUUUGUAUGAAUCUUUAUCUCUGUGACUCUCUAAACCUUUCAGGGAAUUUUUUUUUUCCAGGUCUCACUACUUGAUUAUUACUCUGAAUAACCAAGUAGUGAUUAUUGAUCUAUUGAUCUAGUUUAGUGCCGCUCUCUUUGCUAUUUUUACAUGUCAGAAAAGUGAACAGUUUUGUCAAAAUUUUCCCUUCUUUAUCUAGUUAAUUUCUAAAUAAAAAUGCAAUGAAGCAAAUUGUACUCUGCUUAAAUCAGAUAAAACAAAGCAGACACUAUUAACUGGAAUGUUAUUUAUUAAUAAUAAGAACUAAAACAAAAUGUGUUAACUUUUAUUAGGCCCUUGAUUAAUGGGGAGUUGAGGUAAAUUUGGUUUGGCUAAGCGCUUCAUUAGCUUCAGUGAUGUUUUAAAAGUAAUUUUUAUGCUUUCGACAAUCACCUGCUUUUUACCUAAAAACUAUACAGCUUUCAUGAAGUGUAUUAUUUCAGUGUGUCUUAUUGAUUCUGUUUUUCACCUACAGACGCUCUCUGUAUCGUAACCAUUCACUUUAACUGGAGCAGAAAAGUGUCUUAAAACUAUCAUCCUUCUCUGUUUUUUUACUUUUGUCCUUUUCGCUCAGUUCAUUCACAAUGUUUAUACACCAACAAAAACCAGACGCAGCAAUUACCAGUACCAGUCACGCGCAUGAAUUAUGCCGUUUUUACAUGACGGACCUGAAAGUGAGCAGAGCUGCCACGGUGGCCUUUAAAAGAGCUCCAUUCAAGGGUGAACAAAUCAUUCUGUUUAAGUGGAAAACAGUGUAUAUUUCAUGCUCUUGUCACAUCUGCAUUGUUUUAUUAUGCAUAACUUCUGAUAAGAUACAUGCAAAAUGGAGAUUUUGCGACAUCAGUGCUACAAAAUAGAAAAGUAGGGCAGUGUAAACAUCUGUAAUUUGGCAUUUUCCGAAAUUGCAAACAAUUUACUUUGACUGGAAACACUUCACACGUUUAGUUCUUGGAACAUGUUUCACACAGGAAGAGAAUUGGUGACGAACUUUUUCCUACCUACAUUUCCUGUGUAAAUAAGCGUCUUCUCUGUUGCCAAUCGCCAAAUGCAUAUGUGGUGAUCAUUUAAAGAUUAAUAGUCCUCACAAAAACCACAAUCACGUUUCUGAGACUGUAGAUGUUCUAGAAGUCUACAGUCCCUCUAGAUCUAGCCAUUUGCUUCAGCCUUUGGGACAAACUAAUCUGGAUUAAUACUAAAUGACAAAAAUGAGAGAAUUAUCUGCUCCAUAAGAUAAAAAGUGCUCAUAUCGUUUUAGGAGAACCUCAUUAAAAAAUCCUGAUCAAUCCUUUUAGGUGUCAACAAACCCGAUGACUUUGUGACAAGUUGGCACUGUAGGAUCUGUAUAGCAUUUACAAUAGUUUAUAUUUUAUGUGCACAAAAUAGACAAGUAGUGGUCACUUAAAGGAGACAUAUGUAGCUGCUUUGGAAAUGUAGCUGGCCACUGGGUAAAAAAAUAAUAAUUAAAGGCUGGUAGACCAUUGCACUUCCAUUUUUUCAUCUCAUUUCUUUGAAAUAGGUAUUAAAAAGGAAAAGAAUAAAGACCAGUCAGCCUUUGUAUUGUGUGGUUUUUUUUCCUCUUGCUUGAAAGAGGAAAAGGCUCAAUCUUCGCAACCAGGAAGGAUUUAGGGUAUUGUCUUAUUUCUUUAUAGGAAGACGAUUAUAUGUGGGAACAAAACUGUUGGGCUCUGAAUCAGAAGGAUCCAACAAGAAAUGAUGCUGGGGAAUAAAAAAACAAACCCUUAAUACCGAGGGGUAGAUUGGGAAAAGGUCUGAUCUAUAUCCUGUGUCAUUUACUAAGAGGUAGGAAAAGGCUGAGCUUAGCAGCCAAAGGGAUGGGCCAAAACUCUCCCGACGCCCUGCUGGGGCCUUUUUGUUACGUGUAAAGUUUUCAGUGUGUUGGUUUUGUUAAACUAUGUUGUUUUUGUUGUUUAGCCCUCUUACCAGAUGGAAGUGGCUUCAGUGAACGGAGGGAUUGGGGGGGGAGGGGAGUAAACUUAAAAACAUGAAUGUAAAUUUAGUCACGAGGUUAAUGAAGUACAGCUGCAUUAAUGGUAGAGUUGGUUUCAGUUCCUUUUUAUUUUCUUUGUUUUGACACAAGUAACCUGUUGAAGAACCGUAUAACGUCUGGUAUGCAUAUAUACAGUAGUCCUAGGAACAUGUCAGUAAACUUGGGUUCGUUAUCCACAAAGCAUGAGCAACACUCGCUUCCUAACUGUUUAUAUCCUCAGCAAAUUGGCUUUGUGUGCACAGGUUUUCUUUAUGUUUUUUUACUCCUUAUUUUCUGGACUUUUGUUAAUCUUCCAUAUCGUUGUCAAACUUUAGGCUGCAGGAGAAAAAUAGCCUCUUUUUUUAGAAGUUUUUUUUCUUUCUUUCUCCAUAGCCCCACCUCUGUCUUUGCGCACAUUCUAGCUCGCUGCACCUCCUCUAAACGAACUACAUGUACUUCAGUGUGUGUGCACGUAUGCCUCUGUUGGUUCUGACUAAAGGUGUUAAAUAACACAAUGUGGCCGACUGCAGGGGAGCGCCACAGAUCCCCUCCGGUGUGGUUACAAGCCUUUUUUGUUUAUGAGUUUGCGAGAGUGUGUGACUGUGCAAAUACGAAAAACCAAAAUAAAUCUGCCUAAGCAGCGUAUCCCUUGGCAGUUUAUCGGCCACCUGUUUCUGUUUUUUUUUUUUUUAUUAUUAUUAUUAUCAUUUCUUUUGGACUCUUCUGUGAGUUAAGUUUCAUUGUAAAAAAAAAAACAAAGAAAGAAAAAGAAAAAAAGCACUAAAUUAAUAAUAAAAAGCCUUGUUGUCUCCAGUACACUGUCUCCUCGUUUCCUGUAGAUGGACACGUUUGUGUUUUUUGGCCCAUUUCUUAUGCCAUAGUUUGCCAUCAUGGUUAUCAAACAGACCAAAAGCAUGCAAAAUUGACGUAUCGUGUGACUGGACUGGAAUCUGGUGGUAAUAUACAACUAUUUACUGUAUGUUUUAGUUCAAAUGAAUGUGCCUCCGCUUUGAUAUUUAAAUAACUAUCUAUAGUAAGACAUGGAUCUGCCAGAUUUCAACUGCUAAGGUGCCUUGUUAUGGCAUAAGAAAUUUAAACGGUAAACAAGAGUUCUCUUCAUACGGUUUGGAGAUAGAGUUCAUGGCUUUUACUGCUAUGAAGCUGUUCAUAGAUGUAGGAGUGUGGCUAAACUGUUUCAAUAUUGUGUACAUGUCUAGGGUAAUACUGUGCCAUAUAGAGCCCACAGAAUAUGUUAAUGUUAUUUUUAAAAGAUGUUUUAAUGUUGCCUGACGACUUUGUCUUUAGAUUUGAUACAAAGGCUUGUAGCCACAGCUCUCCCAAAGUCUGUAGUCUCCUUUUUCUGACAUUCUUCUUGUCCUUCCUCCCUCCUCUCCUUGUUUUCUGUCUCCUUUUCCUUUCUCUUUGCUGCAAUCAAACAAAAUAAAGUAUUAACCUGAUGACCC